AUGCUUUUUCCCCCUUGGUUUAUCCACACAAAUUUGAAUGAUGAAUUCCUCUUGACUUCGGGUGAUCAUACCCAUGUUGCUGGUCCCGAUAUGCUUGAAAUGAGAGCAUUGCGAGAGAAAAUGAAGAACCGAAUCAUCAAUGAAACAACGUCCAUCACGAAAAUUUAUGACGAGGAAAUCGCCAAAGCAUGUCUUUCCGAAUCAACAGCAGCUACAUUUCCGACUGUGGUCGAAUAUCAAAACACUGACGCAAGAACAGUUUUUGUUGAUGGAUUUCUAUGUGAAGCAUUUAUUCAGCUGAUACAAAAUGAAAAUGCUCGCUGUGAACAUUUAAUUACACAAUUGAAUGCUGGUGCGACGCCUCCAAAAGAAUCUGGUCGAACAACUGCAUUUCAACGAAGAUUUGAAACUCUGAAAUCGAGAUUUGAUAAAAAUGAAAUCAAUGCAAAGCAGCUAUUACAUGGCUUUGGAUUGUUACUCGCCGGACCAAAGAAAUGA